CCAGGGUCUUCUCGCUUUCCAGUGUGGAAAAGGGAUAAGGAGUGCAUUCAGAUCAGAGGGGAAUAUCGUCGCGAGAAAGUUACGAAAAUGGCUCUGCAUCGUGCUCUUUGGCGUUUUGUGACUCCAGGAAACAAUAUUCUUCUUCUCUGCCGUGCUCAGAGUUCGGCGAAUGCAGCGAUCGGUAUCCUUUUUUACGAAACACUUUUCGAUUUUUCAUCAGCCAUCACUGUCAGCCACGGUUUUUCAAUUGUUGACAUGAAUUUGCUAACACCAAUGUAAAAAGCGCCUUAAUGUUUAUGCCUCGUUCUUUAACGUGUUACGACAAUGGCCCGGUCGGUUGUUAUGAAAUCGCUUUGAGUGGGUGAUCCGCCCGCCAAAUCGCGAUCGAAAUUUUGUAGUUUCGACAAAUUUUAGUAACGUCAUCUUUGUGGAACUACACUUCGGUUAUCUUUGCUUGUUUCUGACAUAUCACUAUCACACUCGGCAAGUGUGCUGGUUGUGAGGCGCUCUUUCCAGCGAUGUCGAUGAAUAUUCGCUGACAAGCAGUUGUCAAAAGUUACUACAAAACCGCCGAUGAGUUGAUUCGUAAGUUACCGGUAAGCUUAUGCAAUACUUGAGACGAAAUUAGCACAUUGCUAAACAAUCUGAAGAGACGUUGAGCAUUUGGUUUUCUUAACUUUUCAAAUAAUAGCACAAAAAUCGCAAGAUAAAAAAGAUAAAUUUGGUAAGUAUGCGAGCCAUUAAUUUAACCACAUUAAUAAAGAGGGCCCAAGGUGUAAACAGUUGUGGAGGUGUGAAGGGGGCGUUGUCAUGUUCAAGACCACCAUCAGCCAACAGGCCUAGGAGUUGUUCAAGAUAAUCAAAAUGUUUCAAGGAAGUACCCCAUAAAAACAAGAAUAUCAAGACUUUUUAACAGUUCAGGUGUUCUUUGUAAGAGAGUGGAAGACUACAAUAUUGGUGGAAACAAAGAAAUACGUUGCAGUCUAAUUUACACUGAGAUUAAAUUUGACGCUGUCAUUUUUACAUCUACUUAGUAAAGUUCAACUGGCAAGAUCCACUUAACUUGGAGAGUUGUCUCACAGAAGAAGAGGUGAUAGUUAGGGAUCAGAUUAGAGAUUACUGCCAGGAAAAGCUUAUGCCUCGGAUUCUGAUGGCAAAUAGACAUGAAAGUAAGUAUAAGCCUUAUGAUUGAAACAACUAUAAAAGGCCCAUAAAUGCAACAGUCAAAAAUAUCAUAGCCUGUGAGCAAGCUCUCCUAUUUGGGCGAGCAAAGCGAGCCGCGCGAGAACGCAGGACCGAGCAGCAAAGCCGCGAGGGGCCAAUGAAAGGAGAGCUUACAACGAUCUCUCGUAAAUUUUCAUCUGUACUUCGCCCAGACAAAGGGAAAUACCAUUGGCUGAAAAAUGAUGUUCUGGAAAUUAAAGUUGAUUGAUAACAGGCCUAGCCGCCCUGCUCUAAAUAAAUUUUCAAGCUUCCCUUUCUACUCCCCACCCCCCACAGUUGCGUCUCCUCUCGCAUGCCGCUAACGCGUGUAUUUUUCACGAUAUCCCCCAAAUGGAGAGCUUGCUCGAAGACUAAAAAUAUCAUUGAAUGAAUUAUGGCAGCAUGCAGUUAUACCUUCACUUUACAAACCACUUACUAACAGACUCAAGGAAAACCGACAAAGAUAGCAUUACUGGAUGGUCAAUUUGACCAACAACAAAAUAACCCUUGAGCCGUUCAAAAAGGACUUCUUGACUGCUUAAGUAUCUUGAACUCUACAAAAAAUGGCCAAGCAUGCAUUGUUUGCAAAAAAUUUCAGAGGUGAAUUAGUCUGAAAAUAAAAUCAGUUGACCUUGAAAGACAACAACAUAGCUUACUUCCAUUUUGCAGUUAUGUGGCCAUUAAUUUCUUCAAUCCAAUCAAUGAAAGUGUAUUUGUUAACAGAUUUCAUGUGACUCUCUUGUUUAGCAUUUGAUAAAGAUAUUAUGAAAGAAAUGGGAUCGCUUGGAGUUCUUGGUUGCACAAUUCAAGGUCAGUGUUUUGUUUAAAAGCUUCUUAAAUGAUGUCAAACAUCGAUUCUCCAUUAUUCAUUAACUCUUGCAAACUUAAUUUUGUGUGAGGUAAAGUAUUGGUGCCAUGCAUAGCAUAAAUAAAUUUUCUGGAUUUUCCCAGUUAAGCAGAAAACUGAAGUCAAGUCUUUUCUUGUUACUGAUCUCAGUUUCUGUUUUCCUCCAGGUUAUGGAUGUGCAGGAGUUUCUUCUGUAGCUUAUGGUCUUAUCGCAAGAGAAGUUGAAAGGUUUUGACAAUAUUGUUUCCCUAUCUUGCAUGUAUACAUGGUCUAAUAACUCUGUUCCCUAUUUGCCUUCACACACUACAACAAUAGUUUAAAUUUACUGAAUUUUUGAAUAAUUUCUUUAUCUUUUACCUGCAGGGUGGACAGUAGCUAUAGAUCAGCAAUGAGCGUCCAGUCGUCUCUGGUAAUGCACCCUAUUAAUGCUUAUGGAACAGUGGAACAGAAACAGAAAUAUCUCCCAAAGCUAGGUAAGACUUCAUUUUUUUACCAAUGGCUUCUAAAAAACUCCAUAACCCUCCCUAUGCCUCCCCCAACAGGACUUCCCGAAGUGACCCAACCCCAGGCCCUUCCAAAAUUUUCUUGGCCCUGUCAAGUCACAAUAGAGAGAUUAAGAUUCACGUUUACGGCACACGGCAAACGGCAAACGUCAGUUGAGAAUUUCUCAAAAUAGAAAAUAAGCAGAUAAAAACAGUCCAGAACGAUUCUUUUGGAUAAAACUGGCAUAAAUUUACCUAUUUUUGUGUAGAAGCAAUAAACAGUAAACGAAAAAUAAGGGGAAAACUUGGUCACGUGGUACAAAUUCACGUUUGCCGUUUGGCGUAAACGUGAAACUUAAUCUCUCUAAUAUUAAAAAAUGAGAGCCUCUUAGCUAGGUAGUGAUUACAUAGGGAAAAAUUUGGACUUUCAUUUGCCAUUGUUGUAAUAAAUUCUUGAUAAGCAAUUUUGUUCACUUUGACAAACAAGAAGCUUUAAAAAAAGCCUUCAACCUAAGGGGGAUUAUUGGGUUUUUUUUCAAGAGAUAAAGAUGUUUGAUUUCUGUUGCUGAUUGUCAACAGCACGAGGUGAGCUGAUUGGUUGUUUUGGUCUGACUGAACCAAAUCACGGCAGCGAUCCCGGAGGCAUGGAAACAAGAGCAAAACAUAAUCCUGCUGCGAACAGUUACAUCCUUAAUGGAUCAAAGUGCUGGUGAGAAACAUUUUCUCGAGGACCCAGUCAAACUAUCUCUGUGUGUACUUGUGCACAUUUAUCUAGUAAUGACCACUACUUGUGGGUGAAAUUGAAUUUAGGAGUUGUCCGGGCCCCAGUUGUUCAAGAGUUAGAUAGCGCUAUACACCGAAUAAAUCACUCUCCAGUGGAUAAGUUUCCAAUUGGAAAACCAGUUGCGCUAUCCAGUGAAUAGUGAUUUAUCUGGUGGAUAUAGCUUUAUCCACCUGGGGCCAGGUCCCUGUCCCCUGGAAAUUUCCUCAGAGGCAAAUCCAGGGACAAAGGUACGGCCAUAAUGGGAAUCUGUUUGAUGGAGUAAUGGUCUGAAGCUGUGGCUGAAAUUAUUGGUUUGGCUGUGUUGGCUGAACUGGCUUUUGGGAGAGGCAUGUAUAGCAUGUAUAAUGUAUAGACUGCAGCCAACUUGUCUACAGGGUAUGCAGGACUCUAAAAUACUCUUUGGUUCAUCUUUUGCAAACAGUCUCUAUGACUCAGAUUGGAUUGGAUUGAUCAGUCCGAAAACUUCGAGUACAUUUACACUGUAGUUUUUGGGUUAUUAACCUGUGAGCAAGCUCUCUGGGGUUCACUUGCGGCGGGGCAAGCAACCUUGCAGGUUACUAGCCUAUUAAAAAUGACACAAUCUUUGUAAAGAACAAAGAAUACAGGAGAUUACAGAGAUAACUUUUUUUUGUGAUAGGUACAUUAUUCAUUUCAGUUUUUCUGAUGAUCCGUUUUGUCAUAGGAUUACAAACUCACCAAUAGCUGAUGUGUUCGUGGUUUGGGCAAAAUGUGAAGAUGGAAAAGUUAGGGGAUUUAUCUUGGAAAAGGUUCGUUCCUCCAAAAAAUGCUGGCCAUCUCUAUGUGAUGUGUCAGCUUACAUACUUUAGAUAAACGCUUCACAUGUAAGGCGCCAAACAGCAAGCACUAGAUUCAAGUUGAGAAAUUCUCAAGAUAGAAAUUGAGCAGAUAGAAAAAGCUCAAAACAAAAUAAUUUUGUGGAUGAAACUGGCAUGAAAUUACUGAUUCCCUUGUAUUUAUAAUGAAUAGUAAACGACAAGUAUUAAGGGAAACUUGGUCACAUGAUACAAAUUCUGAUUUGCCAUAAACAUGACUCUAAUAAUUAAAUCUCUCUAAUAUGUUAAUCAUUUCUCACAAGAGAUAAUUUGUAUACAUGUACGUGGUGUAGAUGUUGUGGCUCAAUUUUAUCCUUGGUUAAAAUCUUCUUUUCUUUUGUUUUUGGGAUAUGUUAAUGUGUGCUAAAGAGUUUGAAACAAAAGAAAAGAAAAGAAAAGAAAAUUUACACUUAGGAUAAAAAUGAAUGACAACAUAGACAUAGACGCAUUGAGUAUUCAUACAGCAGUGUUGAAGUUUUAAGUCUGGGGGCAAUCCAGCAUUGUCCUUCUAAUCCUACUUCUUCUUUUCUUGGUUUUAACUCAGGGAAUGAAGGGACUUUCAGCUCCUAAAAUUGAAGGCAAGUUUUCUUUAAGAGCAUCCGUUACAGGCGAGAUUUUCAUGGAGGAUGUUGAGGUGCCUGAAGAAAACCUGCUACCAAAUGUUGAAGGACUGGAGGUGAAGUGAUAUUAGUUUUUCACCAUUUUCUCAUAUCUUUCAUGUAACCUUUACUAUGAUGGGAAGAAUCUGUAAGAACUGUUAAAAUAUACAAAUGUAUUGAGAGAGGUGUAUUGCCCCCGUGAGAGGACGUCCAAGACAGUCUUGGAUUCUGGAUUCAAUGCUAUGGAUUUCAGAUUUCAGGUACUGCAUUUUGGAUUCCAAAGCCCAGGACUCCAGGUUCCACAUACAAAAAUAUCCGGAAUGCGGAAUGUGGAUUACCUUACGUAGUUUGAAGUGUAUUUUGCUGGGGUGAUCACAUCGUUAAAUUAUACAUUGUUUUUUUUGGGGGAAAAGGGGAGGGAGGGUAAAAAUUAUUGCCACUUCUUAAUUUUUUGUGUAAUCCUCCAAAAAUACCCAAACUAACUUUAUUAUAUAUUGUUUUUUAAAACAUUAUUUGCUAACCAGGGUCCGUUUGGUUGCCUAAACAAUGCUCGUUAUGGUAUAUCCUGGGGAGUUCUUGGAGCUGCAGAGUUUUGCCUGGCUACAGCACGACAAUACACUUUAGACAGGUAAGCAAGAGGAGAAGAAAGUCUAACUAUUAUAGUGCUUAGUACUCCCUUACAUGUACUUUGCUGUCCUCGAUUUUUACAGCACUCUUCUCCAAACACUACUUCGUUAGAACACAGCAUUUAGUCUGAAAUGUCUCAGACACAUGAUCAAUAUCCAUAGUGAUCCAUAGUCUGUUAACAAAAUAGUGGCAGUAUCUUAAGUAACACUUUAUAUAUUGCCACCAUUUUGUAAGGAUCCCUUUUGAUGUUUAGUAUUGUUUUGUAUUUUUUAAUGAUUAAUUUCUCUUUUACUUAACCAUCAUUUUUUAAGACAUCAGUUCAAGAGACCUCUUGCAGCAAAUCAGCUCAUGCAGAAAAAAAUGGCAGACAUGACAACUGAGGUUAGUUUUAUGGUCAGCACUUUUUCUAAUUUGUCACUUUUUUAAGAGUUAAAUCAUAUCUAACACUUUAUUUCUUAGAUUGGUAUUGGGCUUCAAAGCUGCCUUCAUGUUGGACGACUCAAAGAUGAAGGAACGUAAGUAAACCUCUACCUUUUAAGCUUCAUUUUUAAUUUUUAAUUUAGAGACGACUAAAAUUUAAUUGUUAUGUUACCCUGGUUCGAGCGAUUUAAUUUGUUUAUCCUUAAACGAUUUGAAAUCACUCCUCAAUUUUUCAAAGCCUUUAAAGAGAUAGAACCUUUGGAACAGAGGUAAUACUCCAUCUGCAUGGAACUUCGCAGGGGGUAUUUUCUUUUAGUGAAAUCCAACUAGUGGUCUAUUAUCAAUGCUGGGUUCUGAUUGGUUGAGCUACUACCAGGCUAUAUGUUAUAGCCCACUAGUAGCGAAAAGUGCGGGCUUUUUGGCGCAAAAAAGGAUUUGAAGUCUAGCUUUAACUAGCUUAACUUUUUUUAUUCUCAAUAUUUUUGACCAACUAGUUGGGUUUUACUAAAACAAUUAUUCCUCUCGCCCCCCUCCCCGGGAUGAAACUUGCAAAUUACAGUAGUACAGUAGCGGGCGUGGAAACAGUACAUAUUUUCUGUGGAAACUGUCAACGCUCUCAGAGUUACAAAGGUCUGGCGAUUUUGUUUUUUUGAAUUCGCAGUGGUAAGAGCAGUCUUAAAAUGGACUCUGUUAUAUCACAGUACAUGCAGUAUACAUACUCAAAGCAAAUAACCGCACAGGAAGUCACCCACAGGCCAUUGGGAAAAUGUGCAGGAAAAAGUACGCAGAAGCUUGGAAAGUGAAAAAUCGCCUUCAAAAACGCGCAGGGGAAAAUAGCUCUAAGAAAACAAGGACGUGAGAGAAUCAAGGCUGUUUUGGGGUUAACUUGUUUGGCUGAAAUAUGGCGCGCAAGUUUUGUGCGCAAGUCGUUAUUUAACAGUACUGUUUAUGCUUUUGUAGAUGGUGCCCAGAGAUGAUAUCUAUGAUCAAGCGCAAUUCAUGUGGAAAAGCACUUGACAUAGCCAGGAUGGCCAGGGACAUGUUAGGCGGUGAGUUUAAUUUGUUCUUAUCAACGUUUCGUAACCUUACUGAGAAACGAGUGUUUAUGAUUACUUAAUUGGACAUUUCUCUCUCAUUUUAUGGCACAUACAGGAAAUGGCAUCUCGGAUGAGUACCACGUGAUACGUCACGUGAUGAACUUGGAAUCCGUGAACACGUAUGAAGGUAACUUCAAAUUUUUUACAAAACCUUACAAACGAAGCAGCUGAUUUUUUGCCGUCCGUUGCGUUCAUUUCUUCAUUAUUCUAGUUGGUUGAGAGAAUACAGCCUCGAGCAAACUCGUUUCCAGGGUACUCUCUGUUGAUGAAGAGAGGACCCUGGGAACGAGGAUGAGGCCCGAUGUCGCACUUACAGUAACCUGCGAUCAGGCGAUGUUUUAGCAACGACGACGGCGCGCGACGCCUAUUUCCCUUUCGUAAACUGUCUUUGCCAUUUUUACCGGUUGAUGGCCACCAUUUGUAACCAAGCCCUAAGUCAUGAUAGUUGUAAUAUAUUUCCUGGAUUAAGUUUCAAUAUGGUAAAUAAUACGUUUGUGAAUAGUAUUUCAAAGAACAACGUUGAAGCCCAAAUUGAAUUUACUUCAAAAGUUACGGAAAGGGCUAGCUAGGGUCAUUUGUUACUGAUGUAUCAGUUAAGAAAAACAGUUUGCUUGUUUAUAUUUUUAAUUUUUCCGGAAUUUUGGCGGCUCGUUUUGGUAGUGUAGUACCCUGCUAGCAGAGUCGCUUCGAUCUUUCCUAGAUAAGUCGGGAAAGAGGAAGCGACUCGUUCCUUCCUCUUCCCGACUUAUCUAGGAAGAUCCAAGGAGACUCUGUUGGCAGGGUAGUAGUGUAUUGGUAACAUGUUCUGAAAAUGGCAGCGACCGUUAACGAAAGGGAAAACUGCGACGGUGACGAUAGAAAAAACUUCACGAAUAAAAUGAAUUCUCGCGUUGUUUCAAACUUCAUCGCGAUUGUUUAAACUCGCUCCCUGACUUAGAUUCGAUGUCCAUGUGGAGGGAAUCUUUUCACCAACAAUGUUUUUGGAUUUUCCCCCUUCGUAGCCUGGACAUUAAUUGUCACUGUAAUGUUCAGCCUCAGGUUCAAUCUCGUGAAUGAUCAUCAUUUGUUGGACUUGAAAAAGCUUCGAAAUUGCUCUUUACUGUCUGCUUAUAAAUGUUUCCGACAUCUUUUCUUCUCCAGGAACACACGACAUCCAUGCGCUGAUUCUUGGAAGAGCUAUAACUGGAAUACAAGCUUUCACAAGAUGAUUAAUUAACAAGAAAACAGAAAACAGCCACAUUCAGACUUCAGUUAUACCAAACCAACGACUAACACAUAAUCUCAUUUUGCCCGCCGUNUGAAAAAGCUUCGAAAUUGCUCUUUACUGUCUGCUUAUAAAUGUUUCCGACAUCUUUUCUUCUCCAGGAACACACGACAUCCAUGCGCUGAUUCUUGGAAGAGCUAUAACUGGAAUACAAGCUUUCACAAGAUGAUUAAUUAACAAGAAAACAGAAAACAGCCACAUUCAGACUUCAGUUAUACCAAACCAACGACUAACACAUAAUCUCAUUUUGCCCGCCGUGUCUCAUAAUAUCGGUUGUAUGACGAGUUAGCGAAUUCCGCGGUAAAAAUUUCUGGAAGAACUAAGUAUGUUUUCU